AUGGGCGAACAACCGAAGAAACAAUGGAUUCUAAACGGAUUCAGCAUGAGCACACCCGGCCAUCUGGCACCAGGCCUCUGGCGCCACCCACGCAACCGCAGCACCCAAUACACAGACAUAGAAUACUGGACCUCGAUCGCCCAAGUCCUCGAGUCGGGCAAGAUCCACUCCCUCUUCAUCGCCGACGUCCUAGGUGCCUACGACGUCUACAAGGGCCCCGCAAACUUCGACCCGGGUCUCGCGGGCGUCGCCCAAAUUCCCAUUUCCGACCCCUUUCUCCCCAUAGCCGCAAUGGCCGCCGUAACCAAGCACCUCUCGUUCGGGAUCACGGCGUCCACGACGUACGAGAACCCGUUCCUGCUUGCGCGGCGGUUCGCGACGCUCGAUCAUCUGACGAAGGGGAGGGUUGCGUGGAAUGCUGUCACGAGUCAUCUGGAGUCUGCGGCGAGGAAUGUGGGCCUGGAGACGCAGAUUGCGCAUGAUGAGCGGUAUAAGAUUGCGGAUGAGUAUUUGACGCUUACGUAUAAGCUUUGGGAGGGGUCGUGGAGGGAUGAUGCUGUUGUUAGGGAUGAGGAGGGGGGCGUUUAUGCGCUUCCUGGGAGGGUGAGGAGGAUCGACCAUAGAGGGGAAUACUUCCGCUCGGCAGGCCCACUAACCACCGAACCUUCCAUCCAACGCACCCCCUUCAUCUUCCAAGCGGGCACCAGCACAGCCGGCAAGAAUUUCGCCACCAAGCACGCCGAAUGCAUGUUUCUGGCCGGAAUGGAUCCGCAGGGAAUACGCAAGUCCGUGGACGACAUCCGGGCCCGCGCAGUCGAGCACGGUCGAGACCCGAACACCAUCAAGACCAUCACAGGGAUCUUCGUGGUCGUGGACGAGACUGACGAAAAGGCACGCGCUAAGUACGAGGAUUACCUCACGUAUGUUGAUCUCGAGGGCGCGGCGACGCUGUUCGGGGGCUGGACGGGGACGGAUCUGUCGACGUUUAGUGAAGAUGAGGAUUUUAGAUUCACGGGGCCUGGUGCGAUUCAGAGUCUGGUGAGUAGUUGGACUGCGACGGUGCCUGGGACGGCGGGCCUGAAGUGGACGAAGAAUCGGGUUGCGCAGGAGAUUGCGCUGGGGGGUCCGCAUGCGCGGGCUAUUGGGUCGCCGGCGACGGUGGCGGAUAUUCUGGAGCGGUGGAUUGAGGAGAGUGGGAUCGAUGGGUUCAAUCUGUCGUAUGCCGUUGCGCCUGCGGACUUUGAGGAUAAUGUCAAGUAUUUGCUGCCAGAGUUGCGGAGGAGGGGCGUCUUCUGGGAUGACUAUGCUGCGUCUACUACGAGGGAGAAUUUCUUGAAUGACGGCCUUGGGCCUCGACUAAGAGGUGACCAUCCGGGGUCUCAGCACAAGUGGUCUGCGGAUAACUAG